CAAGAGGGAGAGAGAGGCGGGCUCAGGCUCUUGGCACUUGCUGGGGAUCGCCCAGGGGGAGAUCCUGCCUUCGCCGCGCUCCCUGCCAGGCUUGCCUCAAGGGCCAGCGUGGGAGCUGGGCGGCAGCCGAGGCAGAAGCAGCUGCGGCACGCGAGCAGCAGACUGUAAAAGCAGCUGUGGGCAGGCUGGGGGGUGCAGAGCACCUGUACGGUGUCGCGUCCCUCGGCGAGCUAGCGCGUUUGGUCAGCCUUGAAGUGGAGAGGAGCAGGAGCGUGCUUAGUGCAGGCAAGCUUCGAUGGCGUGGGCAACACGGUUCUUAAAAGUUUUUUUUUUUUCCGUGAAUACGUCAAGUGAUGUUUUUCACAGCUUUCUCUGUCAGCCAAAUGUUGAGGGUUCUUGUGGCGCAGCGAAAGGCUUGUCCUUGUCACUGCCUUGUCGCUUGGGGUCCCUGCUCCGGAGCGUGGGGACACGUGAACUGCUUUGGGAAACAUCCCUGGCUAGGAUGUGCCUUUGGCUUCCCGGCCUCGUUCUCGGAAGCAGCUCAACUGUUCUGGCUGAUGCUUUUCCAGAAUUUCAGCCUGAUGCAAACGAAGCGGCCCGUUUCCAAGCCGCACGUUUAGAUGUCUGGCAAAGCGACAAGCAGAUGAAGAGCCCUGUGGUAGGGAGUGCCGAGCGGUCUUCUCUGGGCACGCAAAUGCUCGGCACAGCUUUACUUUCUCGUGCUCUGCAGAAACCUGUGGGGUUUUCAGUCCUCUUCCCCACAUCCCCAGAUCCUCUGGGCUCUUUUCAGCCUCCCUUGGCCAGGGUCCUCGGUGGUUGCUUUGAGUUACCGUUUAUACCAUGGGAGAUCCUUUGGCCCCAGUCACUGUGCAAGCCCAGAAGGAAAAGAGGUUUUAUUCCCAUUCCGUCGAUUUUUUUUCUUACCUUUACCCUAAACCACGUGUUCUCAAAGACCUGCUCCGCUCCGUCUCCUGCUGAGGAACCCACUUUUUCCCUUUGUCUAGCUAUAUAUAGAGAUCUCGUCAUUGUACUGUCUGAGCUUCCCCAGGAAGUCUUUCCCAGUGAUCUGGACGAGGGGAUCGAGUGCACCCUCAGGGAGUUUGCAGAGGACACGGAGCUGGGCGGGAGUGCUGACCCGCUGGAGGGCAGACAGGCUCCGCGGCGGGAUCUGGACGGGCUGGAGCGAUGGGCCGAGGCCGAUCGCGUGAGGUUCAGCAAGGCUCAGGGCCGGGUCCCGCGCCUGGGGCACAACAGCCCCGCGCGCCGCGGCAGGCUGGGGGCCGAGCGGCGGGGAAGCAGCGCGGCGGGGAAGGACCUGGGGGUGCUGGUCGACAGCCGGCUGGAUAGGAGCCGGCAGGGCGGCCAAGGCGGCCAACGGCACCCUGGCUUGUGUCGGCAGUAGCGUGGCCGGCGAUCCUCCCCCUGCCCGCGGCACUGGGGAGGCCGCACCUCCAAUACUGGGCUCAGUGUUGGGCCCCUCACCCCAGGAAGGACCUUGAGGGGCUGGAGCGCGCCCAGAGAAGGGCAACGGAGCUGGGGAAGGGUCUGGAGCACGAGUGCUGUGAGGAGCGGCUGAGGGAACGGGGGGGGGCUCAGCCUGGAGAGGAGGAGGCUGAGGGGAGACCCGAUCGCUCGCUACAGCUCCCUGGAAGGAGCCUGGGGAGAGGUGGGGGUCGGUCUCUUCUCCCAAGCAACAAGGGACAGGACGGGAUGGAACGGCCUCAGGUUGUGCCAGGGGAGGUUUAGAUCGGAUAGGAGGGGGAAUUCCUUCCCGGAAAGGGCUGUCAAGCACUGGCACAGGCUGCCCAGGGCAGCGGUGGAGUCGCCGUCCCUGGGGGGAUUUAAAAGCCGCGCGGAUGCGGCGCUGAGGGACGUGGUUGAGUGGUGCCGUCGGCAGUGCCCGGGUACCGGUUGGACCCGAUGAGCUGAGGGGUCUUUGCCAACCUAAACGAUUCUCCCGUGUCGGGAGGGCCGGGC